GUAUGUAUGUAUGUAUGUAUGUAUGUAUGUAUGUAUGUAUGUAUGCAUGUAUAUAAGUGAGCUAUGUAUGGCAACUGCACCUAGUAGUUUCUUUUGAAGUGAGGUCAAGCAUUUUUACUGCCACCAACAGCUGUUGCAGGAAAGAAAGCCUUUCCAUAUGGGCGAUCAUCUGGGGCAGAGGCAUUAUGGGUUCAGAAUGGAAAAGGGUUUUCCUGUAGGGUGCAUGCAUUUGCUUACUUUAUCAUUUGUUUAUUUUUGCAACUUUUUUUUUCAUAACUGCCAAUUGAGUAAAGUUAUUAUUUGACUUUAACAUAUUUGAGUUGAACAUACUGCUGAAAAUGAGUUUUUGAAAUUACUACCAGGUCUUUUGAAGAGGCUUAACUUAGGCUAGGGAACCGUAUUUCUACCUGACAACGCGGGUCUUUGUGUUGCUUAACUAGAAACAGCACGCCCUUAUCCCACUCCUGUUACAUAACCAUCUUCACAGACGUUCUAUCAAACUACAGCACGGAACAAAAGACAAAACACUACUGAUAAAAAUGUCAUUACGUUGAAUCUUUGAAAAAUAUCAGAGAGAAUGUGUUGUUAACUGUAGCCUAAACAAGAAAUGGUUUGUCAAGUCGUGGAACAUCAACAACGGCGGACACGAACAACCCUUUGUGAGGUGUAGCCAGAACGGUGAAUCUUUAGUCUUCCGCCAGGCGGCGAUGUUGGCCUGAAUCUUUGUCCAGACGACGGCUGCCUCGGUGACCCAGACAAAGAGGUGAGAGACGGAGGAAGGGGAGAAUGAUAGCCAACGAAUGUAUACAGAACACUGUCUCCCCGAGGAAAAUUGUGGUACGGUCGACAGAACUGAUGGGUAGGUUUUCUAUUUUGUGUGUUUUUUCUAUUUUGUGCGUCGGUGUCUGGGAAAACGGAACACUUUAACAAAGCAUGUUUAAUAAAUGUUUAAUAAAAUAAUUAUGUGCAAAUAUUAUUUUUAUGUUAUUAUGAACUGUAGUCUAACCAAAAUCAUAUAUCCUACAAACGACUCACAAAUACACAAAUACACUCACACACACACACACACACAGACACAGUUCUCCUUGAAUUCCCGCUGACGCCCCUCGGUGGGCGGAGACUCCUGUGCCCCAGCAGUGCGCAUUAAGUUCUCCGUGAGAUAACAGCCGGUGGAGCGACACUCGCUCGCUCAGUUAGCGCGAGCGGUAUGCGCAGUCGGGUCUGUAGAUGCGUGGUUUAAGCAGGGAGUAGCGAGUGGCUUUAACGCGAGACUACUGACUGAACACUGACCUUACACAGAGGGUUUGCGUCGCAUCAGUCAGACUAUGCCCGCGCUCAUCACUAAAAACCCCGACAUGGAAUUCGACUCCUUGCAGCCUUGCUUUUAUCCUGACGAAGAUGACUUCUACUUCUGCGGGCCGCCUAGCGAGGACAUCUGGAAGAAAUUUGAACUAUUACCUACGCCUCCCCUUUCCCCAAGUCGCGCUGCGCUUCCCGGAGCGAUUGGAGACAUCGGCUCGGCGACCGGGGUCGACUCCACGCUGCCCCUGGGGCUUGGAUUAACGGAUCCUCUGGACUGGGCUUCCGAGCUCCUCUUGCUUCCUGAAGAUGACAUUUGGGGUGCGCCGGAGGGCGACCUUUUCGGCUCAGCUUUGGAUUCUACCAACGACAACUCCAUAAUUAUUCAGGACUGCAUGUGGAGCGGAUUCUCCGCCCGAGAGAAACUCGAGAGGGCGGUCAACGAGAAGCUGGGACUUGGCAAAGCCACAGUGGGCCCGGUGACUGGGUCGGGGGCUUGCAGUAAAAACCCUGCAAGCGUUAAAGCACCAGCCGAGUCUGAGUUGAGCAGCUCCAUAUCAGAGUGUGUGGAUCCCGCAGUCGUGUUCCCAUUCCCGGUACACAAAAGAAACAUUGGCUGCAAUGCAAAGACAACGGGAGGCCAGACUGGGACGGUCAUUUCACCCGCUGUCAACCAGGUCCAGGACGACAUCCUAAGUGAAUCCGAUGACGAUGAUGACGAUGAUGAUGAUGAUGACGAUGAUGACGAUGAAGAUGAGGAUGCUGAGGAUGAGGAGGAAGACGAGGAGAUCGAUGUGGUGACGGUGGAGAAGCGGCGUUCAGGGUGGUCGGGCGUGGGGGGUGUGGGCAGCAAGCCCCCAGUGGAGCUGAUCCUGAAGCGUAGUGCGGCGGCCUCCCUUCACCAGGAGCAGCACAACUAUGCUGCCCCCUCCCCUUAUGCCUCUGCCUGCCACAGCAGCUCUGCAGAUUCCCCCACAGGGGCCACGUCCGCACCCCCCAGCAAACGCCACAAGCCCGACCGGUUCAAACCAGCUUCGCCCACCGCUGUGUCGGCUGCGUUGGCAACAACGACGACAGCAUCGUUGUCAACGUCUUCCUCGGGUGGCCGGCAACGUCGGGCAGAGGCGGGCGGAGGCAGUCCAUCCCGCGCCGGCUCUGACUCAGACGACACGGAGCGCCGGCGCAACCACAACAUCCUGGAGCGGCAGAGGCGAAACGACCUGCGCUCCAGUUUCCUAACACUACGCGACGAGCUGCCAGAGCUAGCCAGCAACCACAAGGCCGCCAAGGUGCUCAUCCUCAAGAAGGCCACAGAGUACGUAGGCUCCCUAGAGGCCCAGCAGCGGCGGCUGCUACAGGAAAAAGACAGACUGCAGGCACGCCGACAGCAGCUCCUGCGCCGUGUAGAGCAGUCCAGGACACGCUAACCGCUAACACUAAUGGCUAACAGCUAGCAGCUAACGCAGGGCUAGCACCCAACACUAUGGCUGAAAGCUAACAGCUAGCAGGAGGCUUUUUUUAGGCAGGGACAUGGCCUGGGUUGAAUAAUCAUAUGCCACCCAAUUUGGUGAUGCGUGAGUGAGUGUGUUUAUAGGUGUGUUUGUGUGUGAGUGUGUGUGUGUGUGUAUGUAAGUAUGUGUGCAUGAAAACCUGUGCAAAAAUCUACAGUAUGUGAACUCUUUGCAGAGAGGAGUGUCUGUCUCUCGAAGCUAACGGGCUGAGCGCUAAUUUGGUAGUAGCCACUGCCUAAUGUAAAGAAAAGGAAAAAAAGAAACCUAGCUGUCGGGACUCAAGACUCACUGCUGCCACUUUCUUUGCACAUUUUUUAGACGUCAAGAAUGUUCAGGGUUUUACUUUAUAUCCACUCAGAAGAAUAACAAGAACAAUACACAGGGAGGAGGACCGAAAUAAAACGAGGUGAUCUUUUGAUUGAUUGAUCGAUUGAUUGAUUGAUUGAUUGAUCAGCAGACAGAUUUUUCAAAUGUAGACUUUCUCUGCUCUUUUUUCGUAGAUCAAAACAGAAUCUUCCACAGGCACGGUCUAACUGAAUGGACAGUCUGGUUAUGAAAGGAUGAAUGAACUAAUGUCAUUUCCCUUCACUCCUUCAUUGAAACACUCCCACACACACUAUCUCUCUCUCUCUCUCUCUUUCUCUCUCUCUCUCUUUCUCUCUCUCUCUCUCACUCUCUCUCUCUCGCUCUCUAUCUCUCUCUCUUUCUCUCUCUCACUACAAGUCAGGAGCAGUAAACACAGGGGACUUCCUCACUCCCUCACUGUUGCUUAGCAUAACUGUCAUACCUCUUUAUACCUUCUUACGGGACACUUUUAUGUAAAUACCAGAUGAAGUAAAAUUCUCAGUCUGCCUUGUUUUUUUAACUGAACUGUCUUUUUUAAUUCACAAAAAUGUAUCACAAGAAUCUGCCAAUAACAUGACUGGAUGCUGACAAAGUACUGUACGACCUCCAUUUUCGAGGAUCAAGAGACAUUUUUGUAUGAUAACAUUAUGAUGAACUAUUGUUCCUUUGUUCUUGAUACUUUUUCAUACUAUUCCUCUUUAUAUCGACGUACCACACCCCUACUAAUUUCCAUACACCUCUACAAUUUAGUGUGCUCUUGAUACAUACUAAAACUUUAUACUUAUAUUUUCGUAUGAAAAUGAGUUCUUAGUAGAUAUCAUGUUAUCUUGUUUGCUUGUUCGUCUCCCCUCUUUCUUUAAAGUCUUUAAAAGUCUUUUUUUUUGUACAGAGAAAGUGUUCUAUCUUUGAUAUUCCUGGCCUAUUCUUCCUGUUUCAUGUUUAUAUAUUUGUAUGUUUUUUUUUUUCUUUUCGGGUGCAUAGAACUGGGUCAAAGGAAAGAAAAAAAACUAACAUUUUUUUUAUUGUACUUUUAGUGCUGUCACUCAGAGCACUUUGAAAUACCUCAUUCAGAUACAAAAUAAAUAGACAUUCAAAUCAAAA